AUGUCUCAGACAUACAAGAGUGUCGCCCUCGUUGGUGUAAUGGCAACAUCGGCAAAAAUCAUCUUAGAUGGCCUCAUUAUCUCCCAUCAGUUCAGUAUCACCGUCCUGUCUCGCAAAGAGAGCGAGACGACUUUUCCCAGCCGGGCAAAGAAGAUUGUCGAUGCUGUCCUUCGCGCCGGUGUCCGACGAUUCCUUUUCUCAGAGUUCUCCGCCAGCAACCAAGACGAGGCCGGUCUGGGGAAUGGCUUCCUUGGAUUCGACAUUGCAAACAAGACCGCCACCAUCUGGGACGGUGGUAACAAGAGCUUCACCCUGAUCAACGAGAAGCAUCUGGAUCAGGCUGUCGCCUCGGUGCUGCAACACCCGCAAGGCACCAGUAAUAAGUUUCUGUAUGUUGCCUCUGUUGAAACUAUCCAAAAUAAUAUCCUCGCUGCGUCGGAGAAGGAGACGGGUGCCAAAUGGGCUGUAAGCUCGACCACGACGGAAAAACAGGUGGACGGGGCGGUCAAGAAGCUUGGUGCGGGCGACUUCAGUGGUGCCUUUGCCCUUGUUCGCGCCACCGGCUUUGGGAACACUCCAGGAUUACGUGCCAACUAUGCUAAGGACGAUGCUCUGGCAAACGACAUGUUGGGACUGAAGCUGGAUACUAUCCAGGACACUGUUAAACAUUUCGUUGCCCAACAAGCAUGUGAUAGCCACGGUUGA